AUGGACUUCUCCAGCUGUGCUGUAGUAAAGAGAACAAAUGCAACUGCACACCGCCUCAGGGAGAUGGAGUUCAACAGUUCCUCAAAUUCGGAUAAUGCUGUUUUGUACUAUUUGCUGGAGGAAUGGGCUCUCAACCCACCAGGCAUGAACAUGAAGAUGUUUUUAAUCCCUCCAGUCGUCUGCCUCGUGGCAGGUGUCCUUAUCAUCCCUACCAUCUUGUUUGCGAUCUUCUCUAGGUUUAGUAUCCGGCAGGAAACAAGGUACAUGCUGCUGGGAAACGCUCUGCUUGCUGAUCUGAUCUACCUGUUGUUCUACACCCUGUCUGCUGCUCUCAACACAGCACAUGUCCCUCUCCCAAAGGAAGCUUGUGUCCUCCUGUUAUUUCUGCUGGCGGUGGCUUACUGUGGAGGAUUGUUCACAGCUGCUGCCAUGGUCUCGGACACGUACAUAGCUAUUUUGUUUCCUUUGCGCUACAUUGCUAUUAUGCCGCCUGCACGAACAAAAAAAAUUAUUGUCUUACUCUGGAUGUAUUCUGGGGCUUUCCCUGGGAUUUUCUUCUUGGUGCUAUCAAGCACUCACAGCUUUGUGCCCUGUGUCCUGGAAAUGUGCUCGGUUCCAGUAAUACUAAUCCUGACUCUGAACGGCACUGAUGCUGUGAAACUCUGUUUCUGGCUUUCUACCACGGUUAUCAUUCUCUGCCUGUCUCUAAUAUUUUGUUGCUAUGUUAUUCUGUAUUUUAAAACCAAACAAUCGGGUAUAUGGGAGAGCAUCUGCUCCAGAGCCAGUGUAACAUUCUUAAUGCACAACACUGUGUUAUUUUUUUACUUCUUUCCACUCUUGGCCCUGUUUAUUGAAUCAUUCUUCUGCAUUAAUGUUGUCACUAGAGUGAAGACUGGCAUCUGGGUCUCCCUGACAGUCUGCAAUGUCCUGAUGAUUCUGCCUAAAGUUUUGUUUCCUUUUCUGUAUGGGCUUCGAUACAGAGAGAUCUCAGCAUCUCUCAAAUCCAUUGUCAGAAGGAAGCAUCCUCACCCGGUGUCACCUGCUCCAUCACCAUCCUGA